CUUCGCCAACCGGAAGAACAACCUUUGACGCGGAAGCUGAUGACGUUAUUACGUCCGGGUCACGCUGCUCAUCAACGCCGUCGCUUCGUUUCCGUUCGUUUCCCUCCACACGGUUUGUGUGUCUCUCUGUGUGUAGUUUGAGGAGAAGAGAACCAAGAUGUCUGACUCGGAGGACGCGGCCCCGGCCAUGAAGAGGACUCGUGUUUACUACGGCAGCCUGGAGGAGAAGGAGCGCGAGCGCCUCGGCGCCGACGCCAUGAGAGGAGGAGACGCCGUGAAGGCCGGCAUCGAGGCGGGAAACAUCAACAUCUCCUCAGGGGAGACCAUGGACAUGGAGGAGCGAGUCAGCGAGCGGCAGCAGGAGGCGCUGGCUGCGUUCGAGCGCCGGCGGCGAGCGCGGCAGAUCAUGGUCUCCACGGACGACGCCGAGGUGAAGGCCGGCCUGCGGGCGCUCGGGGAGCCAAUCACGCUGUUCGGAGAGGGACCAGCUGACCGCCGCGAGAGGCUGCGGAGCGUUCUGUCGGUCGUCGGUCCGGACGCCCUGAAGAAAUCACGCAGAGAAGAAGAGAGAGCCAAGAGGUCACAGGACGAGUGCCAGCAGACGUGGUACCACUUGGUCGUCAGGGCCAUGAGGCGCCUGGAGGCCGCACGCGCUCAGAGGGAGGUCGCCGAGGCAACCAGGGCCAUCCGGCAACAAGAGAUGCACAAGAGCCUGAGGAAUCUGAACAACUUCUGCAGUCAGAUCGGAGACGAUCGACCAAUCAGCUUCUGCCACUUCAGCCCCGACUCCAAGAUGCUGGCCACGGCCUCCUGGAGCGGUCUGUGUAAGCUGUGGUCCGUCCCCGACUGCAGUCUGAUCCGGACUCUCAGAGGACAUAACACCAACGUUGGUUCCAUCGUCUUCCGCCCGCAGGCCGGAGUCUCUCUCGACCAAUCAGACGUCAGCUUGGCCUCGUGUGCCACCGAUGGCUCAGUGAAGCUGUGGAACCUCCAGAGUGAUGAGCCAGUGGCAGACAUCGAGGGUCACAGUGAGCGAGUGUCCCGAGUCUCCUGGCAUCCAUCAGGGAGGUUUCUGGGUACUACCAGUUAUGAUAACUUGCGGCGUCUGUGGGACCUGGAGGUCCAGGAGGAGAUCCUCCAUCAGGAAGGACACAGCAAAGGAGUCCACGACAUCCACUUCCACCCUGACGGCUCUCUGGCUGCUACAGGAGGGCUGGAUGCGUUCGGCAGAGUGUGGGACCUGAGGACGGGACGCUGCGUUGUCUUCCUGGAGGGACACCUGAAGGAGAUCUACAGCGUUCACUUCUCCCCCAACGGGUACCACAUAGCGACAGGAAGUGGAGAUAACACCUGUAAGGUGUGGGAGCUGAGGAACAGGAAGUGCCUGUACACAGUCCCCGCCCACCAGAACCUGGUGUCAGCCGUCCGCUUCCAACCCACAGACGGUCACUUCCUGUUGACGGGCGCGUACGACAACACGGCGAAGGUCUGGAGCCACCCGGGCUGGACGCCACUGAAGACGCUCGCCGGACACGAGGGCAAGGUGAUGGGUGUAGAUGUGUCUCCAGACGGUAAACUGAUCGCCACGUCUUCCUACGACCGAACCUUCAAACUCUGGCUGACUGAGUGAUGUCACUGUGAGGUCACUGUGAUGUCACAAUGAUGUCGUAACAUCAGUGUUUCUGUUGUUUUUUCCAU